AUGCGCAGACGAUCCUCUCUGCGAUCCACGAGUCUCGGCAAGGAAUACGACCUCGGCGACGAGACCCGCCUGGCCUGGCGGUCGGUCCGAACUUAUGUCACCGCAAUCACGGAUCUUUACCGGACGCAGAAGGCCCUCGGAAUGAAUACGCACCCGUCGCCGCGCGAGGACAACGUACGAGAGUACCUCAAGUCCCUACAGCGCCGGGACGCCCAACGAGACAGGGAGAACUAUGCCGAUAAAGGCCGCGAUACUCUGCUCGAUGGUUACUCGGAGUCCGAGUUCGAACGAGAGGGCUCGACCCGGUGCAUGCCGCUCAUCUUUACGACACGAGCCGGCAAGCAGAACCAGCACGGCCGCCUCGAGACCGCCGGCGCGUAUCGGAAUAGGAACCCGCUAAUCUGCAUCUUGGGUGGCCUCGUUCUACCUCUUGUAUCGUUGGGAUCUCGGUACGAAGACCAGAUCCGUCGCGCGGGUCGUUGGAACCAGGAGCAGAUGGUCGGCUGUUACCUGAACUCGUUGCCUCGCAAGUUCAUGCGUACGAUGGCCGGGCACCCGCCGCAGGCCGGAUGCUUCGAGAUACGCCGUGCCGGCGUGACGCCGCCGGAGGUCCUGCUCGAUGAUCUGGCCCGAGCUGGACAGUUGGCGAGGCCGGUUCGGUCCCGGUACCGAGCAGGAGAACGACCUGGCAGCGAUGGCCCCGUUUGGAACCACCCGGUCUUCCGGCAUCCGGCCUACGCCCCGUUCGCGCACCAGCUAUCGGACUUCGUCCUUGAAGAGGAGCGUCCGCCAGCUUGCAGUCCUAGUCCAGGCGAUGCCGGUCCUCGCGGACUAUCUUAA